GGGGACACACGGCCCGGUGCGGGGCGAGCUCGGCCGCGGGGCGGGGGAAAGCUCUCCCGGUACUUCAGCAGCUCCGUUGCACACCUUUUCCCACCCCCCCCCCCCGGCCCUCCCCGGCGCGGGCGGUGCUGCCGGGGGCAGGUGCAGCCGGAGCGGCGGGGGGUGCACCCCCCCAGCGCUGCCCCUCGGCCGGGAGCCGUGGGAAUAGCGAGCCGAGUAAAGCCCUAGCAGCUUUUUAUACGCUAGGGGAGGCCCACCCUUCCCCAGCAGGUCCCGGUCACCCAGUGUGGUUGGUAUCAACUGCCUGCCCCACCCGGUAAGCUGUCUGGGCAGGGAGGCUUGUACUGAGCUGGGAAAGAAGCUCCAAUUCCUGUUGCGUUAAGGUACAUCUGUGCUUUUUGGGUACAUUAUUUUUUGAUGGAGAGAAGCCUUCAGGGAAGCAAGGAAAUUACAGGACUUGAAAUAACUUUAUGAACAACCAUUCCAGAGGACGGAUUGAGGGGAAGAUGUUGCAAUUGACUUUUACCUGUAUGUUGGGAUGCUGGAAGAGAGUGUUGGUGUUUGAGGCCCCUCGUUGCUCAUCCCAUUUGAAGGUGUUUGUUCCAAGGCUGAAACUGGGGCAGUUUGCUAUUAAGAGCUGGGAAGGAAACCCAAAGUCGUGACUCCAGCAGAGCCCUUCGUGUCUCCUAAAGCCCUACUCUGAGUUCAUCCCACCAGCAAAGCUGUACAGCACAAGAACUGAAUACUUUAUAACUGCGUGUGCCUGAAUGCAUCAGCCUUUGGACGUGAGCAUCUUCUCUUGAGGCAGCCUUGUGAUAUCUUAGCUGCCUGUUCUCUUGGGAGAUCUGGUGGAAGAGCCUGUCCAUACAUCUGUCUGAGUGCCUGACAGGGCUGCCUUGCUUCCAGAUCUGAACCAUGUCCCACCCAUCCUGGCUGCCACCCAAGAGUACCAACGACCCUAUGGGUCACGUUACUGCAAGGAUGGAGACCACGCACUCCUUUGGGACUCCCAGCAUCUCAGUGUCAACCCAGCAGACACCAAAGAAGUUUGCGCCUGUCGUUGCCCCCAAGCCAAAGUACAACCCAUACAAGCAACCAGGAGGUGACGGAGACUUCCUUCCUCCACCCCCGCCUCCUGUGGAUGAUCUUGGGAACAUCACAUCGUCACAAGGUGCCUUUCCUCCCCCACCCCCUCUAGAUGAUGCUACUUUCAAUGUGCAGGUGAAUCCUGGUGGCAAGACACUUGAGGAGAGGCGGUCCAGUUUAGAUGCAGAAAUCGACUCUUUGACCAGCAUCCUGGCUGACCUAGAGAGCAGCUCUCCUUAUAAACCUCGGACUCAACAGGGCUCCGGGACCUCGAGCAGCUCUGCUGCCACCACCCCAUCCGUGUCCACCCCUGUCACCGGCCACAAACGGAUGAUCAUCCCUAACCAGCCUCCCCUCACCGCCACCAAGAAGUCCACCACCAAGGGCCCGGGGCAGCCAGCGCCCAUCCCAGUGACUCCAGUUGGCACCCUGAAGCCGCAGCCAGUGCCAGCAUCCUACGCCACGGCCUCAACCCCGAGCCGCCCAGCCUUCAACGUCCAGGUGAGGACGGCGCAGCCCAGCCCGCACUACCAGCCGCCUGGCCAGCAGCCUGGGCACUACGGCAGCCUCGGCCCCGGCCAGCCCUACGCUGCCCCGCCGUCCCGCCCGCCUGGUGCCCCGCAGUAUGGCGCUCCACAGCCCCGCGGUCCCGACUACGGCUACGCCCCACCACCUGCACGGCCCUCGGAGCCCUCCUAUGGCUAUGCACCUCCACAGAGCCGCUACCAGGACCCCUACUACGGGGGAUACGGAGGCAGGAACGGCUCUGAAGCACCCUACGUGCCGCAGAGCACUUGGAAGGCUGAGCCGGUGUAUCCCACCAGCAACACCAUGGGCCAGGCUCCUCCUGGACUCUACCAGCCACCCGGCACAAAGAAGACCUACAUCACUGACCCAGUGCUGGCCCCACCGCCGUCUGCAAUGCAACAAAAGAGUGGGUAUCCAAGCUCUGGACCUGCAUCAAGCACUCCUGCCUUCAGGCCUGAGGAUGAGCUGGAACAUCUGACCAAGAAAAUGCUGUAUGACAUGGAGAACCCUCCCUCUGAUGACUACUUUGGCCGCUGUGCCCGCUGCGGGGAGAAUGUUGUUGGGGAAGGCACUGGCUGCACAGCCAUGGACCAGGUCUUCCAUGUGGAGUGUUUCACCUGCAUGAAGUGCAACAACAAGCUGAGGGGACAGCCUUUCUAUGCGGUGGAGAAGAAAGCCUACUGUGAACCCUGCUAUAUUAACACGCUGGAGCAAUGCAGCGUUUGUGCAAAGCCCAUCAUGGAAAAGAUCCUCCGAGCCACCGGGAAGGCCUAUCAUCCUCAUUGCUUUACAUGUGUGAUGUGCCAUCGCAGCCUGGAUGGGAUCCCCUUCACUGUGGAUGCUGGUGGGAACAUCCACUGCAUCGAGGAUUUCCAUAAGAAGUUUGCACCGAGAUGUUCCGUGUGUAAGGAGCCCAUUAUGCCAGCCCCAGGACAAGAGGAGACUGUACGCAUUGUUGCCUUGGAUCGUGACUUCCAUGUCCAGUGUUACCGAUGUGAGGACUGUGGUGGCCUCCUGUCUGAAGGGGACAAUCAGGGCUGUUACCCUCUGGAUGGGCACAUCCUUUGCAAGACCUGCAACUCUGCUCGGAUCCAGGCUUUGACUGCCAAGGCCAGCACUGAUCUCUGAGUAUCAACUGUGACCUGCCCCAGGAUGCCUGUUGGGGAAUAUUGCACAAGUUUUGCAUGAAUUCUUUCCAGCCUAGGGUCUGAAUGUGUUUAAAAAAAAAAAAAAAAAAAAAAGUAAAACUGGAAGGCCUUGGAACAAGAGGGCAGCUCAAGAGGACACGUUCAGACUGCCUAUGAUGGGCACCUGAUUUAGAUAAGACUUUUCAGGAGGGCAGCGAGUGAGUCAGGCCACCUGCUGUCUCUGCAGCUGAUAGAGAUAAGUGCUCAGAGCACCUAAGAUAUCUGCCUGUAAAAGGAAACCUGAGCAUGAUCUUAACUAUAUUUCUCUGUUUGAUUCCUGUCUCUUGAGAAGUACAUGAAGGUAGAAAGCAAAAGAUGGCUGAACUAGUUCUUUCUCUCCCAAGUUAUUUUGAGAACCUGACCAGCUCUCAUUGAAGUCAUAGGGAGUUUCCCUUUGACUUUAAUAGGAUCUGGAUUGCCAGCAGAAGUAGCUCCACUGCCCUAGAAGGUGUGAGAGCAGACCCAGUGCUCCUCUCAUCACAGCAGAAACAAUGCAACUUCAGCUGUACUACAACUAAGAGUUUAGGUGUAACCUUGUAUCCUUGGGACACAGAUUUGUUAUCUGUAUCUUUUAUUUGAGGCCCUUACUUGUCUCCAUUCCCUUCCAGUUCAAUAUGGGUUUUUUUUCUUUUUCUUAUGAAAUUAUAUUUUACUAUUGCAUAAAUUUAUUCAGUAGUGAUGCUUCCAGUUCACAAUGUAUGAGCAAUCACAGAACGAUGUGAGCUUGCAUACACUAUACACUACACACACACACACACACACACACUACACGCACACACAACGUGCUUUUGAUUUACCAGAGGUAUAAGCCAAUCAUGUCCGUUAGGAAGGUCUUUUAAGGCUGUGGGGCUGGAAACACAUUUUUUUAAAUCCCAGUGGUUAAAAAAAAAAAAUUAAACGACUACAUAGAACUGCACUGCAAAGUGAUGCUCAAAAAAAUCUUAUGCCACUCUCUUGCACACCCCAGUCUGGUGGGACAACUGGCAGUGUUGGUUUCUGGGUAGAUGUUUAAGCAAUAGUCUUGUUCCAUCUUCCGAUGAGAGGAUUAUCCUUCAGCUGUAAGAGGGAUUGAAUCAGGUCUUGGGAUAUUGAUUACUCUGAUGUUAAGGUGCAUGAUCUGGAGUUCUUACUAAAAAAAAUAAGGAUCUUAUUUCAACAACAGCAAAAAGGAACCUUCUAAAAAGAUGCUGUUGUUCAGUUUUUAUCUUAAGAAAGCUAAAGAAGGUAUUAAACUCUUCCUUAUGCCAUUCUAAAAAGUAAGCAUUUGUUUUACCUCCUUCAUUUUCAUCCCAGCUGCUCAUAACUUCUCUCUGGUGAAAUAUCAUUACAGAAGAGUGCUGGGCCAGCAGCAGCAUUUUCAUCUUCAGUCCAGAAUUAAUGUAUAUGCCAAGGUAAAUAGAGGCUGGGCACAGACAAUCUUUUUCUCUUAUGGUGGUGGGGUUUUUUUCUUUCAGUUAGGUUAAUUAAAAAAAAAUUAAAAAAUUAGAAAUCCACAGCACUCUGAGCAGCUAUAAUAUUCUUGUUCAUGAAACCUGUAAUAACUAAGGUGCAAAUUACAUACUGAGGGAGUAAUUUUCAUAUCACUGAAUUGACAUUAAUAUCUUAUUUGCAGAUGUAAUCAAAGAAAAUACCUUUCUUUGCACUUAACAAAUUAAGAAGCAAAACUGAAAUGGUUGCACACUGAUUGACCAUGUAAGUGGCAAACUGGCAAUUUUCAAGAGUAAGUUAUACAAAAUUUUUCAUGCACCCACUGAGAAACAAUAAGAUUGUGGUGCUUUCAUCUUUGUUCUUUAUAACAGAAGCCUGAUAUAAUUCUACCUACAAAUGCUGAAAAGGUAGAUGAGUUAGACUGAUAGGAAACAAAGAGGAAAAAAUGAGAUACUCACUGCAGCUCCUGUAAAUGGUGCAUUUCCUUUCAGUUUAACACUAAACUUUAUCAAAGAGCACUGUGAAAUAUAAUAGCUUUAGCCAUAUACAGUAAAUUCAGAUAGAAAAGUACCAGUCUGAAAUCUCUGUUCCUUACAUGGUUUAUGUGUUGGCAGACUUCACCAGUGUCAGGGAAGAUUCCCAAAAUUCGCAGCUCAGAAUGAAUCCUUCUUUGUAGAAGGGUGGCAUCAUUAAGCAAAAGAAUCCGUUCUCUACCAUAGUCUCUGUGCUGAAGCAGUUUGCCUUUUUGUACCAGAUUUCUACCCUGGCCUUCCAGAAUUUUACUGCCUCAGACAUAAACAGAUUUUUUUUCACUGUGACUUCUGCCAGAUUCCAUCUGGGCUCCUGCUCCCGGAACCGUGGCACGUAAGAUACUUCAGAGCUUGCUUCUUUACAUGCAGUCUGCAACACCACUGGUCAAAGAAACCUUGCAACUGUUGGGCAAAUACAGUUUGAACUAACCUUACAAAAACAGGGGAGGUCAGAGCCGAGACUGCUAACACCAUUGUAUCCUUGUGGAGGAUUUUAUAUCCCUGCAAGCACAGGGGAGGACAUGAUGCACUCAGGUGCAGAGUAAGCCCUUCAUCAGGCAGCAAACAUAGCUCUGAUCUUCCUUAUUAGUGUUACAUCAAGUGGCUGAUGAGACUCUCUUGAAUAACACUGGAGUAAUUAACGGAAAUGAGCUAUUGUGCUUUCCUGCAGAAUGUGGCCAGACUAAGGAGGACCCAAGUCCAGAGCCUCUGGGCAUUUUAUGGCCUUACCAUAGGCUGGACUUGGAGCAGCGCAUAUGGCUUCUUGUGUUCUGUCCUCUGCACGAGAGGGCUUCUUUCCAGCUUCCCAGGGUUGUUAUGGGAAUUAAACUAAUCACAGAUUGGCCCAAACUACUGAUUUUUGGAGUUCUGUCUUCUCUUUCCAGAAAAGUUUGCUGGUAUGUAGGUUUGGGAUCCCAGCCCGUUUCAAAGCUAAGGGCCAGCCAGGAGAUCUAGAUCUGAAUCCUCUGUGUUAUUAGGGUUCUGUGGUGAGUUGGGCUGGUGUGCAGGGAGGUGAGAGCCAAACUUCUCAAGUUUUAAAUACACCAUGGAUGGAAGAUGUUUGACAAAGAUUGAGUGGUGUUGAUAUUUUAGGUACUGUGGUUAAUUUCUAGACCUGACACAUCUGGGCAGUGGUAAUAUCAUGCUUUUGUUUUCACCCCUGAAACACCAAAGCCAUCUGCCUAUUGGAAGGAGUAAGCAUCCAAAGCACUCUUCUUUUUCUGUAAUGCAUGUGGGUUUGGCUUCUAAAAUUGCUAUAAAUAUAUUCAGAAGAUCUUGCAUAAGUGUAUAUACGUCACAGAGGCUCUCAUCACCCACAUGUGUAUGGAAAUCUGCCCUCUGAUGCUUUAGGUUUUAAUGAGGAAAUGCUGGUGGACUUAUGUCCAUUGCACUGCAACUAAGAACCACUGAGAUAUUGCUUCAUCACAAGAUUUAUCACAUAUUUAUAAUAUAUCCUGGUUUAUCUGUUCCAAAGAAGGAGUCUUUUUGCCAAAGAGACUGUGCUUUUCUUAAGGUGCACUUCCUAGCCAUGGAAAAAUUCACAUUAUCUGUGGCUCUGGUAAUGUCCAAACUGUUCCUUUCAGAAAGAGUUGGAAGAUCACACAGAGAUUUCUGUUAAACUCUGCAGUUUUUGGUUAUGCUGCUUUGGCUUUGUCUAGCAUUUCUUGACGAGUAGGUCCCGAUCCCAUGGUUUGCAUGGCCAGACAGGCCCAAGAGGGUCCAGGAUCAGGUUCUAAUUUAGAAAAAUACUUAAGACUAUGGAGUUUAUUUAAGCACAAGCGUAAAGCCACUACAUGGUGUGACAUAAGCCAUGGGUCUAUAGUCAUUAAUAUGAAACCGAUCCUGUAUCACCCAGUCAUACAGAUUUGAUUUGUGUAGGAUGUGGGCACAGUCAAAUUUCUGUCAAAUUACCCAGAAUGUAUGAUACGCCCCCUGUGUAACCAUUAUGCCGACUUCAGGAGGACACCUGGUAGCUGAUCCACCGGAACAUUUGGACAACAGGAGGAUGAGUUAUUACAAGAUCAGUGCUUCAUGUUGAGUGGCUGUGGCACUUCCAUAUGUCACUAGUAGCCCUACAGCCAGAUUUACGGUAUCUUUGAACCAUGGCUUUGAAACUGUCUGGUUAAACUUCCUCCAGAAGAUUGGGUUGCCUUGGUUACAGCCCAGUCCUUAAGCAUAUCCCCAAGGCUAACACUAGUACUUUAUGAAUGGUUUUAUUGUCACUUAUUUUAAUCAUUGCCUGAACAUUGCUUUUAAAAACAGAAAGCAACACCAUUGCCUAUCAGAUAAUGUACCUUUAAUUGUGGUUCUAUUUUUUCAAUAUUUUAAUUCUUAGGUUUUUAUCACAGCUGUGAAACACUUGGGUAAUGACUUAAUCAUAGAUGUAUGGGAGUAUCAAAUUGUUUAUCAUAGUGAACUCUACAUAAUAGCAUUCAUUCAUCCUGAUGGGAGGAGCAAGACUUUCAUGAGACACAGGCUUUAAGUUGACUUUCUGGCUAUCAGCAAAAUGUGGGUGAGAAGAAGGAGAAAAAAGUGUCUUUUAGAGAAAUGGUGAUUGUUGAAGAGAAUAUGCAACAAGUCAUCCUGGAAUCUCUUUGGAUGUGUUACAGCUGCUGCCUGGCCAUGAUCACCUAAGCCUUGCUUAGGUUUGAUAAGUGCUGAUUCAUUUUGAUUUUGAGCAAGUCCAGCAGACAAGGGAUAACAGGGCCCAAGUCCUUGAGAGAAAUCCUGUGUCUUUGCCCUCCUUUGGUAUCAGAGAUAAAUAUUACGCACUUGGUGCUUCAGAUGGCUCAGUAAGGAUUUGAAUUUCUAACUGUUUUCUAUUGAUACCUGGCUCCUGCAGUUGGUUCGUCUUGUUGGUUUGCUGUUUCUUCACGAGUUAGGUUGACUACGCCUUACACAGACUUCAAUACUGUAAGUCAGGGCUAUCGGAGAGAGUUGUGCUGAAGAAUCACUGUGGUGAAACUCCCAUGAGAAAACAUUGAUGAUGGGAAUUGAGGACUUGUUGCCAAAGGAUAGCAGGAACUACUUAAUGCUAUCUAGAGAUUAGGAAAGUACAAAUGGAGAGAGAGCUGAGAACACUAUUUCCAGUUAGAUCUUGUCACAAUUUUUACACUAAAUUAUGUGAUGUCAGAAGGGCCAUGCUUUAGCUGAGAAAGUCUCUUUUUCUGCAGUUUUGUCCGCAACAUUUUUUUUCUUGCUUUUAUGAUUAAAACUGUAUUGAAUUUUUAUCUGCAUAGAUUUCAGAAUUGGUAACAAAUAUUUUCAUUUCUCAAAAAUAUUUCCACUUUCUCGAAAAAAACAGGUUUUCUUUCUCAGUUUUUGUAAUUCUUGGUUACUAACUAAAACUGAAGUUUCUGUGGUGAUUUUGAAAACUUAGUUGGAUAAAAAUUCUACUUAAAAACAAACACACGUGUUUUGAAAAAUGGUUCAGUAUUGGACCUGGUGAAAUAAAACAAGCUUUGAAACUUUUCACAAGAUUUUUUUUUGUCCCUUUAACUAGUUUUUCUAACUUUGAACUCACUGUUUCCUUUGUUAGAACAAUGCAAAUAACGUGACUCUUCUUAAAAUAACAGCGUUACUUCUGUUGGGUUCAUUUUUCUUUCUCGUCUUAAAGCCAUGGAGUGUCUGGCUAUGGGGAAUGCCAAGGUCUUUUUCUGUGGCAAUUGCUGUUUUCUUCUUUGUGUUUUUUUUCCUCUGAAGUUGCUGAAGAAUAUAAGCACAUUAUGGCAUCUGCUGUGAAGAUCAAGAGAUCCUAGUUGAUCUCCCAGGCUUGGGAAUGGCAUUUCUUCCUAAACAUUUCUAGAAAUACUACCUGGCUUCCUUGGCAUUUCAAGCUUGAAUUUGCAGCCGUUAAUUGUCCGACUUGUAUUUGGAGCACGAGAGAGAGCAGACUUUAAGCUUGUGAAAUUGUCACAUUGACUCAGUAUCUAAAAAUCUGAGGAAAACCCAUAACAUCAGUAGGUUUCCUGGUGAAUGUUGGGGAACAGCUUUCAUUUCAGGCUGGAAAUUUUCUUUUGUGAUCUGAAAAAAAAACCUAAGCUCAAACGCUUGCAAGCCACUCUCACACACAGAUGGAGGGUGGUUCUAGGGCUACAACUAUGUAGAAAUACAGGCUGAAAUACUGAGCAUUGCUACCUGAACCCGACUGGGCUUUAUUCCUGGCUAUGUGAUCCCAGUCUCUUUGGUGUCGUGUUACAUGUGGAAGCAAUGGGGUUGAUCAGUAGUAUCAAGAGCACUCAGUUCAAACUUCUUUUUUUUGGUUUUUAUUUUGUUCUUUGUUGAUAUUUCUUAUCAUACCUGGGUCUUUUAGAAAAUGGAAAGAAACAGAAGCCCCAGGUGGUGGCAUUUCCUUUACUUUUCCAGGGGUUACAGUCUCUUGCUGGAUACAUGACACUUAGGGUGUCUUUGCUUUUUUGCCUCUGACUCCCUUUGUCCGCAAGCAGCUCUCUUACCCGCUUUUUCCAUUUGCUCAACGUGCACUCAUCUUUGCAGUCAAGAUGGUACGUUACUUACUUCAGCGAGUUCUUGUGAGUCUUAGCUAGUAGUUGGAAAAACUUUUCCACAUCUUUAAUCAAGUAGUUUUGUGCAUCCGUAGUAUCAGUGGCCUGCCACAUGAAUAUCAAAGAAAAUGAUUAUAAUUAUUGCUCUUAAAAUGAUUAUGAAAUAGUGCCUUACUUUUUCAGUCAUGUUUAACCAUGUAAUUUAGAACCACAUGAUUGCAAGGAUUUAUCAUGAAGAAAUUUAUUUGAAGGAUAGUUUGUUUGUUUUAAAAUAUUUUUCUCCAAAAAUGAAUUUAUUAGGUUUUUUUCCAGUUUUAGUCCUUUAAUAUGUUUGUGUAAAAGGCCAGCCAGAAUUUGUAUUCGUGAGAGACAGGUUCUAUUUGGUCUUGUAUGUAGAGCUUUCAUUUUCUUUUAUGUUCCUUCAGGAAAAUUCCUCUCUGCCUGAUUACUCAUACUUCUAUGUCUUUAAAUGCAGGCUGACCACUAAAGGGUUUUUGUCAUUUAAUUUAGUGUGUGGUUUGCUGGGGAGGCAUUGCACAUUAAUGCAGAAUGUUAAUGUUAAUGCUAAUUUUCAUAGAAAAGACAAAAUUAGAGUCUUUCGCUGUCUCCAGUGCAGUUUUGUUACUGUUUUACGUACAACACUAAUAUUAAGCCAGACUGUAAAGGCAAAAUACUCAGAGUGACCUACUUCCAUUCACCAGCAAGAACACUUUGUCAGCUGACUCCUGUUUGUUUGUUCAUUUUUAAAUGUUGGAUUAGAGAACGAGCAUCUCCUAAAGAUGAAAGAAAACAGUGUUUUCAUGUGCAGGAAAUUUGGGGUUGCAGUAAAGAAUAUUUUCUUUGUGAAUUUGGAUGUCAUGGUGUUUUAAGCUCCUGCCUGGAGCCUAAAUCAAUUUGGCCUCUCAUCCAGUUCAUCUCACUAGCGCUCCUAAAAGGCUGCAGCCCUGCAAAAGCUCGUGCAGCAUUUUUGGCUGCCUUCCCUUGCUCCCAUUUGGUACAUAUUUGCACAAUUUAACUGAGCUUUUCUUUCUGCUGAAGGUCAGAUGCAUGCAAUACGAAACACUAAACUUUAUAAACAAGCAAAGCCAUUUCAACCACAGCAUUUUGGACUAGAGCGGAUUUUUAGGUGGCGCACUGUCUGCUGGCCUUUGGAGGGGGGAUCCUGAGACUACAUUGGACUGGAACAGGAUGCAAAGCCACAAGCCUUGGUUUUUUUAAUAAACUACUUACUGUAAUCCAGCUACACAGUUUGAGCCUCACACUUCAGAAGAAGCUUCCAGCAGCAAUGCACAUACAGGCACUUUCCCUCUUGCAGAAAGCGAAACUUUCCCAACCUGAGUAAAUUUAACCUAUUGCAUAAGAUGCUGGAAGUUUGGGUUUUGUUGUUUUUUUUUUUUUUCCUUGGGAUUCUCACUGUAACCUCUGUGUGCAGAGGAGGAAUAGCUUUUCUUUUCCCCUCUUUUUUUUUUUUUGACAAGAUGUUGCAUAUUGAUGAGCUAGCAUUUCAAAGGUCCGUGGGGCUUGGGAAUGUAUUAAGAAUCUCUGAAGUUUAAUAUUCACCAUGUUUUAAAUAUUCAGAAGGAAAAAUCUGCAUAAAAUGGCUUUUGAUAAAUACGUUCUAGGGGUUCUUUCUUGCUAUCUUAUGCAAGCGUUGUGGGGAUUGUGGCUGUGCCAGUUUUGUUCCAAAGUGCCUUUUGUUUUAGAUUAUCAGGAUCAUUUUGAUCCCAUUUGUGUGGCCAGUGCUUGUCAUGAAGUCUUUUGUGGUUUCUACUAGAACUGUUCAGCAGGCAGGUGGAUGCAUCAAGGCAAAGGCACAGCUGAGGAUUGUAACCCUGAGUGUCUGCUUAAUUGCUCCCCUCCUUAUGACAUCUGGGCACCUGCAGCCUCUAUCUGUGCCUGCUUUCCACGUUGCAGGUUGGGAUUUGCUCAGCGGUCAGGCCGGGCUGAGAUCUUUCUGUAAAGGUGCUCCCUUCCAGUUGGGAUUUGAGGAUUGAGAGGGCAAGAUCCUGGGUGCAGGAGCAAAGUGCCAUUCAGUGUGUCUCUGACACGGCAGUUUCUCUUUCCUUCGAAGUCCCUAUUUGGUAAGAGUCUAAGUGGCAAGGGAAGUGCUUUUAGGAGAAAUCCUCCCUUGGCAAUGCCCUCUGUCCCAUGCUGUUGAAAAUCCAAUUGAAGCCUUAGAUGAGGAGGAUCAGUUAUGGACUGCAAGCACGCAGCUAUUUUACUGUAUUAUUAACUGUCGUUUGCCUUACCCUUGAUGCCCCAGGGUGCGUACCAUGGUGUGCAGGACAGCUUCUUUGGUCCUGCUCACACACAGCCUUGACUUUGUCCCCCCAGUCCCUGUCGAAUCAGCGCCUGGUGCUUGUUCUCAGGACUGCUCUGGCUUGGGCCAAGGGCAUCUCAUACUUCUAUACAAAAGAUGGUGCUUUCAGGUUUUCACUUACAAAUAAUGAAGCCUUUUCAAACUCACUUUUCCCUUCUCAUGUAUUCCUGACAGAAGCAGAUUUUAAAUAUUUCACAGCAUUCUUCUUUCUUCUUCUUUUUUUUGCCAGGUGCCUUGGAAACGUUGUCAGAUUACGAUCAGGGUGGUAGGGAGGGAAGAGUUCAGGAUCGAUUUCCUUUCCUUCUUGAUUGCAUGGUGUACGUUUGCAAAGAGGUUUUUUCCUUUUUUCUUUUCUUUUUUUUUUUGUUGUUUUGUUUUCAGUCUUACAAAACAAAUGCCUUCAGUUUAUGCAGAGAAAGAUUGUCUAUGAUUAGAGCUAAUCCAGGAUGGCAGGAUUGGACCCCCACAGUGAAAGCUAGAAAAGUGAUUGCAAAAGUAUUCUGUUUCUCCUUUAUUAAUUACACAGGAAGUUUCCACCGAAGGCUCAUGUAGCACAACUGGCCUAUGUAAUAAGUAGCAGGGCCUGUAAUUACAGUCUGUCUUCUGAUCCUAUCUGUGCUCUGGCUUUCUAGGCACCACAGUUCUAUUUACAUUUGUGUCUUUGUCACCUUUUAAAUUUUUGAUUGGUCACUAAGGGAAGUAGAACACAGGCUGUGAGCCCUGCAGGGGUGCAGCGAGUCUAAACGAGGGAGUUGUCCUCCUCAGGUAUCUGCCUGAUUUGGGAAAUGGAACCGAGCAUGAGGAACCAGAGGGAUUUUUACUAGCUGUGCAGUGGAGGGAGAGGGCUGUGUGCCAACUGGGUAUCUUUCAAGAUCUUGGAGUCUUUGUAGGACUGGAAAUUUGAAUCUUUUACUGGUCUUAACUAGCGUACUCUCCUGUGAAGGAGUUUAUAUAUCAGCAUAUCUUUGCUCAGAACAGUUUCUACAGGAUUUGACCUUUCUUCUCUGCAAGAUUCAGGGAUUUAUUGUUGCAAAGAGGUUCUUCCACAUAUGUCAUGAGGAGGGAGAUGGCUUUUGGCAUCAUGCAGAGAAGACAGGGUAGAAAUCCUGGUGGCAAUGUGUAAAGCAAGAGUAACUUGAGUGGAAGGGGGAAGGCAGUGAUUUACAUGUGGUUCAAUACCAUGUUCACCAGCUUUGAGCACCAGCAGUAACAGUCUCAAGCAGAUCAUCUCAUUGAGGUGACGGUCCUGAGAUCUAGAGGUAGGUAAAUGGGCUCACCUGUGAAAGUGUUUGGUGCACGUCGCUCUGGCAAUAAUCUCUUUUGAAAAAUGUGCACUAAAGUUCGAGUAAAACUACAGGAUGGUGCCCUGCAGUCUUUUUCUUCAAGGCAUACUCCCAGUGCUAUGUUUGAUCAAGGGGAAUGAAAGCCAUUGUGCAAAUACUAUACUCUAUGCAAAAAAAAAUGUUAACAAUCCACUGCAGAUACUUUUAAUGUCCAUUAAACUGCUUUCUAAAUUGUCCCUUUUCUGCAGCUUGUGCUGUUAUCUAAUUAUUUUUUCUGACUUCUGGGUUUUUUUUAAAAAACCCUCAAUUAUUUUUUAAUUUUUUUUAACUUUACUUCUAAGAAAGUUGACGCUUUAAAGGAAAAAAAAAAAAACUUACUUUCAAACACGGGGUUUUCAGGCUUCUAAAUUAAUAAUUUCUACACCUGACCCAGUUCCUGCAGCUGCCAAAAAAGAAAAGAGAAAGCUAUUUAAAUUUCUCAUAGAACCAUUUAUCUCUUAAAAUAUGCCAAGGCAAUUUGAGGUGGGGGUGGAGACUCAGCUAUUUAUCUCAGCAGCUUGAUUUUUCUCUUUAUGUUUCUAACUGUCAGGGGAAAAAAAAACGGUAGGAAGCUAUUCUUGGGCUAUUAUUGAUGUAUUGUGUUGCUAUUAUGCAGGAUGUCUGCUUUGCUAUAUACGGAAGGACAUUAAUAAUAGCCAUCUCUCCUGCCCCCACCCUUGGUUCCUCUUUGGGAAGAUAUGGUUUAAAGUGGAGCAUCUGCCAUGUUCAAAUUGCUGCUUCCUCCUCCCCUUACCCCAUUUUGUUCCCAAACUAGUUUUGGGAACAAGGCUAAGGGAAUAAGGAGACAGACUACAUUUGCCAUUUUUCUGCCUACUUGUAUGGUUGCUCCAGGCAAGUCAUUUCUGUGCCGUGUACCUGUCGACCCUCUUCCUUCCCAUAUAUUGCCUCUCCUUUCAUUUUAAUUUCAUCAGUGGAAACAAACAAACAAACAAACAUUUCUCGCUCCCUUUUUCUCACAGGGGCUGGCUGGUAGAACGGACUCAGCAACAGACUCUGAUUUGCUAUUACCCAGCGUUUCAUAUUCAGAGAUGUUAGUUUCAUUAUUUCCCAUAAGUAGGAAAAUGUAUUCCCUUUCCCGUCCUUUCUACCCCAGGUUUAAAACAUUGUUAUGAAACUUUAAAGGGUCCAUCAGCUUGUUUAAAUGCUUGUUUUAUUUUUGGAAGCAGAAUGUACGGCAAACAGGAAUAGUUUGAUGUUUAAAAAAUAGUCCCGCUUCAGCAUUCCCCUGAAGUGCGGGAAGUCCUGUCUCCACAGGUCUGUGCCAGCAGCGUGACAGCCCAGAGAGCAAGGCCGACUUGAAUAAGAAAAAGAACUGCCUUGCCCCAUUUCAUCUCUGAGAAGAGAGGGGUGAAAAUAAUAAACAUUGCAAAAGAUAAAGGACAUAAUUGCUCUCAUUUAUUUAUUUUUUUUAAUGGUUGGUCCUACCUCCAGUGCUAAUUUUGUUCCAUAGAAGCUUUGCUUAUUCAACAUUUCUGGUAGUCAGGACCAUGUGUUUUUUCAUGGUGUCUUUAUUUUUACUCAUUGUUUGUUGUGUCUUACUCUGGGCUCUGUAUGGUAUGGAACAGUUCUGGUUUGCACACUGAAUUUAAACAAAGUUAGGAGCCCCGUCUAGGAACGUUCACCUAGAAUUUAGACUGGGAAAUGCAAUCAGAAUAUUUUCUAGUUCUGAUAUAGGGAGGUUUUCCAAAUAUGAAUUCUAGAUGGGAAGAAUGCCUUCAUUUGGGAAAGUGCUCAGACUUCAAAAUGAAAGGGAGAUGGCCAUUCAGUGUAGUUUCUUGUUGCUCUUGCUGUCUUCCUUGGCAGUGGCCAAGGAGGAAAAUGCCACACUGUUCCUUAAACUAGAACCAGAGCCCAGCAUCUCCUCUGUAGACUUUUGCUCCAGCUUCAGCCGCCACACUGCUGCAGCACGUGAACGAGGAAGCUCUGCUGACAAAGCGGGGUCCGCCUCGUCCUCUCCAUAACCAGAGCUGGUGGGUCUGUGUCUAGGGCUUGAUCCUGCUUUCCUUGUGCAAGUAUUUUGCCAGAAAUGGGUUUUCUCUCUGCCAUUUGCUAUGGGAUUGUGUGCAAUGAUUAGAAUUUGCAGGGAGGGAGGAGAAGAUCCUGUUCCAAUUAGGCUGCUUUUGUGCUAAUGUUUCAUUCAGGGCUGUAUGAGAUAAGAGCAGUUUGCACUGAAAUGCACAGCCAGAGGUUGUGGUUUUCGUUUCAACUAUGUUGAGAUGGUACCCAUUGAAAAUACAGAACUGGGGCACUUUUUACAUCUGCCAGUGCUUUACUGACAACUCUGUAUGGCUUGGAAACCCAUUUUGGUUUGGCAAAUGGACAUUUUCUGCCUUGUCACCUGAGCCUGAUCUAUCUCUUUGCUUUAUCCACCUAAAAAGUGUAUUUCUAAUGUGCCUAUUGCCUAACUAUCUAAGCACAUGACAAACAUCUAAGUUUGUCACCAGAAAGCUCAAGAGUAAGCUGUUAACAGAGCUGCCUUUACAAAAAAAAAGUGUUCCACUUUUUUCACUAUGUGCCUUUUCAGAGAUCUGUGGUCCUCGCUUAUCGGCAGCAGAGAAAUAGACCUAGUGCCGAGCAGGGAUGGGGGUACUACGAGAAUGUUAUAGAAGAGAAGCAAGAGGCUAAUUUUGAGCAUCUGUUCUCCUUUGGGAUAAGCAAAGUAAUAGCUUAUAUCAUCAGUACUGCAUGUUGUCUUGCUUAACACACCUCAUUGCCUGGUAGGCAACUAUUCAGUAACGGAGGUACUUGGGUAUAUCUCCUCAAAUGCCUCUAUCUUAUCAGAACUCCAGAGUCAUUCGUAUCUGGAGAUUUUAUUCGCUUAGUAUUGUCUCACAUAAGCUCUCCAUUAUUCGUAUUUAUAUAAUGUCAAAAGAGAAAAUUUGAAGGUGAAAUGAAGAUUGGGUGUUUGCUUGGUGCUACUGUAUUAAAAAGACUGAUAUGUUCUCACUUUCGAUCCCCCAAAUCAUGUUUUAGGAAACUUUUCCUUCCUGUCUCAGAGAGGGAAUGCAAGGUGUAUUGGAAAUGCAGCAAAGGCAAAGGGUUGUUGUUUUGAUGCUCAGUACUGCGCCACUGUGGCCUCCUCUGCUGUCCUUCUGGAGAGCGGGGACCAAAUAUUGGUAGAGGUACGGGCAGAGCAAAGUCAUGUUUGGAGUUUCUUAUGAUAUUGGUAGAUAAGAUCUGCCUUGGUGAGACUUCGACUUCCUUAAGAGCCCUAUAGUUUUCCAGCUUUUGUUUUGGGUCAACAGAGAGUCUGGUGGGCAGUGUCCAGUUAGUCAAAUGAGAAACCAAGAGUACUAAUUCUGCAGUUUUGAUAACAGCAUUUUCUAGGUCAGAACAAACAGCAGAGGUUUGUUGUGUUUCAGAGCCUAAUCGCUCACGCUGGCUUUACCUGUGGACUGAUACAAAGAGGUCUGAACUAUACAUGGGUCAGUCCAGAAGGAUUCAUCUUUGAUAAAUGUCCCAUGGCAAAUCCCCCAAGGGCUGGGAGAUUGACUUAGCUCUUUCAAACUGCAAGGAGGAAAUGCCCCCAGGGAUGUAUUUGUCUUGUGUAGCUGCUAUGCUUUGGCCUUUCCCUGCCAACUGUAGACAAGUCUGUUCUAGGGUUCACCAGGAUGGUGUUUAUUGGAUACGACGUAAUUCAUAGUGGAUAAGUAGGCCAGGUUUGAGGUGGUGUUUCAGCUUUAUGGUAGCCCUUGAGAUAGAGGAGGAUUUGCAUCAUUUCCUUUGUUGCAGUUGGGAGGGGAGCGUGACUGGCCACGCUUCUCCUUGUUCUGCACCAGCAGACAGAGGCUCCCAGUGGUACGGGAAGCAUCUUCCUUUUAAAUGUGAAUCACUAGCCCAGGUAUCUGAGCAAGAAAGGGGCACAAGGAGGCAUUCCCUAUAUGAGGGCUGCCUUCUGUUGCACACGCAGUGCCCUCAGAUCCUUAUGAAGUAACAUUACUUGAGCUUUCAGGACUGGUCUCCUAGAUGUUAGAGCUUGGGGGUACCAGAGUUUUAUCACUUGCUGAGCACAAGCACUACCUGAGUCUGCGAAGGGCCCAAUCCUGCUGCCAUUGGAGUUUUCAUGAAUCCUGCAAGCUGCUGAGCUGCUGAGUAGCCUCCUCACUGAACCCAUCAGGCGAUUUGGCUCCUUAGUUGACUGCUUUCACAGGGCAUGGAGGGCACUCUGGAAAUGCAGUCAGCACUUUGCAGGAUUGGUCCGCAAGGUAAUAUAUGAAGUUUUUUUCCUCCGGUAACUUUUGUGCAUGAAUUAAACUCAUUUAUUCCAGUUUGUUCUGAGGACAGAUGCAGCAUAUCCACAUUUUCUAUAUUUAUAAAUAUAUAUAGAUAUAUAUUUUUGUUCUCAGCUAGUUACUUCUUCUAAAUUGCAAUUUUCAGAGCAACCGGCAUAUAUUUUUUAUUCAACACGUAAAAUAACUUUUUACAAUAAGAAAAUGAAAGCUGUUUUAAGCAUGUGUUUUCUGUAUUUUUAUUAUGCAUUAUCCAAUUAUAUUGAGAUGUAUUUUCCUCUUUGCUCUGCUCUUUCAGUUGUUAUCCUUUUUAUCAGUUAUGCUUUUCUAAUGUUUUGUAAGGGAAAAUAAAUAUGCAAAAUUGCCAGAUGCCUUUUUCUUUGCAGAAGAAGUAUCACAAAUGCUUUUUUAUUAUAUUGUACCAAUCCAAUAAACUCUUUAUAAAUUUCA